AACUUCUUAGUUUCUAGCAUUAGCCAAUGCCCCACUCCUACUGGGCCCUGGCACCAAAGCUCUCCCCCAGCUCAAAAACACAAAUCCCCAAAAAGAUACGCUCUUUACCUCCUCGCAUGUUUUUACUUUGCCUCUCUUAUUUAAUUCCCCAUUUUCUCUUUUAUUUUCCAAGAAAAUCACUAGGAAAGUACAAAGAAAACAUGUGACAGCAUCGUCAAGUUGUGUAUUUUCAUCUCACUCCUCAUAGGAAACCUUCCUCCUUUGACACGGAAUUCAAUGAUAUCUAAAAGUUGUCUCUUUCAACUUCUAGAGUCUCAUACUAUUGGAAGAACGAUAUAACCAAAAACCCAAAUUUUCUUCUCGAGGAAAUCACCGGAAAAAGAAGAGAAAAUCACAGAACUGUUUGCAUGUUAUGUUUAUGACCCAACGACAUAUGGUCUUGAAUCUUUUGAUAUAGGAAAACCAGAUUUUUCUUUUGCUAGAAAGUAAGCGAGAAAGUGAGAGAAAAUGGCAGGUAAUGAGUGGAUUAAUGGGUACCUAGAGGCCAUACUGGACAGUGGGGCUCCGGCAAAAGAUGAGCAGAAGCCGACGCCGGUGACUCCGAGGGAUACCGGCCAUUUCAAUCCGACCAAGUACUUUGUGGAGGAGGUGGUGACGGGUGUAGAUGAGUCUGACCUGCACCGGACGUGGAUCAAGGUGGUCGCCACCCGAAACACCCGGGAGCGGAGCUCCAGGCUUGAGAACAUGUGCUGGCGCAUUUGGCACCUUGCCCGCAAGAAGAAACAGUUGGAAUGGGAGGAACUUCAACGUUUGGCAAACCGAAGAUGGGAGCGAGAACAAGGACGCAAGGAUGCAACAGAAGACAUGUCCGAGGAUUUGUCAGAAGGAGAAAAGGGGGACGGUUUGGGGGAGAUGGUGAAUUGUGAUACUCCCAGGAAAAGGUUCCAGCGAAACAUCUCAAAUUUGGAAGUAUGGUCAGAUGACAAAAAGGAAAAGCGGCUUUAUAUUGUUCUUAUCAGUUUACAUGGUUUGGUCCGGGGAGAAAACAUGGAGCUUGGUCGAGAUUCUGAUACUGGUGGACAGGUCAAAUAUGUGGUUGAGCUUUCUCGUGCACUUGCAAGGAUGCCUGGGGUGUAUAGGGUAGACCUUUUUCCCCGCCAAAUCUCAUCACCUGACGUUGAUUGGAGCUAUGGGGAGCCAACAGAGAUGUUAACUGCAGGCCCUGAAGAUGGUGAUGGUAAUGAUUUUGGAGAGAGUAGUGGGGCAUACGUUAUAAGAAUUCCAUUUGGUCCCCGCGAUAAAUACCUCCGAAAAGAACUGCUUUGGCCAUAUGUUCAAGAAUUUGUAGAUGGAGCUCUGGCUCACAUUCUUAACAUGUCAAAAGUUUUGGGUGAACAAAUUGGUCAUGGCCAUCCAGUAUGGCCAUAUGUAAUUCAUGGACAUUAUGCGGAUGCUGGCGAUAGUGCAGCUCUUCUUUCAGGUGCUUUAAAUGUCCCAAUGGUACUGACAGGACACUCUCUUGGGAGAAACAAGCUGGAACAGCUUCUUAAGCAGGGGCGUCAAUCAAAGGAGGACAUCAAUUCAACAUACAAGAUAAUGAGGAGGAUAGAAGGAGAGGAACUUUCCCUUGAUGCUGCUGAACUUGUUAUUACAAGCACUAAACAGGAAAUUGACGAGCAAUGGGGACUUUAUGAUGGUUUUGAUGUCAAACUUGAGAAAGUGUUGCGUGCCCGUGCUAGACGUGGGGUUAAUUGCCAUGGUCGAUACAUGCCAAGGAUGGUGGUUAUUCCUCCUGGAAUGGACUUCAGCAAUGUCGUGGUUAAUGAAGAUGAUGUUGAUGGUGAACUCAUACAACUGACUGGAGGUACUGAUGGGUCUUCUCCGAAAGCAAUUCCACCAAUAUGGUCAGAAGUGAUGAGGUUUCUUACAAAUCCUCACAAGCCAAUGAUCUUGGCAUUAUCAAGGCCAGAUCCAAAAAAGAACAUAACCACUCUUUUGAAAGCUUUUGGCGAGUGCCGUCCCAUGAAAGAUCUUGCUAAUCUUACACUCAUAAUGGGGAAUAGGGAUGAUAUAGAUGAGAUGUCUGGUGGAAAUGCUAGUGUGCUUACAACGGUGUUGAAAAUGAUUGAUAAGUAUGACCUCUAUGGGCAAGUAGCUUACCCAAAGCAUCACAAGCAAUCGGAUGUUCCAGAGAUAUACCGGCUUGCAGCAAAAACAAAGGGAGUCUUCAUAAAUCCAGCAUUGGUGGAGCCUUUUGGGCUAACCCUGAUUGAGGCAGCAGCACAUGGGCUUCCAAUGGUGGCUACAAAAAAUGGUGGACCAGUUGACAUUCAUCGGGCCCUGAAUAAUGGUUUGCUUGUGGACCCCCAUGAUGAUCAAGCAAUUGCUUCUGCACUGCUUAAAUUGUUGUCAGAGAAGAACUUAUGGAAUGACUGCAGAAAGAAUGGUCUGAGGAACAUACACUUGUUCUCAUGGCCUGAACACUGCCGAACCUAUUUGACUAGGGUAGCAGCCUGUCGCAUGAGGCACCCACAAUGGCAAACUGAUACUCCAGAGGAUGACAUGGCUGCUGAUGAGUCUCUCAAUGAUUCACUCAAGGAUGUACAAGAUAUGUCACUUAGGCUCUCAGUUGAUGGGGAAAAAUCUUCACUGAAUGGAUCUCUUGACUUAGCUGUGGCAACUGGUGACCCAGAGCUGCAAGACCGAGUGAAACAAGUCCUGAGCAGGAUAAAGAAGCCUGAAUCUGCCCCAAAAGAUUUUGAAAGCUCCCAUAAGUUGCUUGAGAAUGUGGCAAGCAAGUAUCCCAUGUUGAGGCGGAGACGUAGGUUAAUAGUUAUCGCACUUGAUUGUUAUGACUGCAAUGGAGCUCCUGAACAAAAUAUGAUUCAGAUAGUGCAAGAAAUAAUUAGGUCUGUUCGUUUAGACUCUCAAACAGCAAGAGUCUCUGGCUUUGCUUUAUCAACGGCUAUGCCGAUGUCUGAGACAGUAGAGUUUUUGAUGUCAGGGAAUAUUCAAGUAAAUGAGUUUGAUGCUUUGAUUUGUAGUAGUGGUAGCGAAGUGUACUACCCUGGCACUUAUUCCGAAGAAGAUGGAAAACUCUUGCCUGACCCAGAUUAUGCAUCACAUAUUGAUUAUCGUUGGGGUUGUGAAGGUUUAAAGAAAACCAUUUGGAAGCUGAUAAAUACAUCUGAAGGUGGAGAAAACUCCUACGAGUCUUCCAGCCCCAUUCAGGAGGAUCUGAAAUCAAGCAAUGCGCAUUGCAUCUCAUACUUAAUAAAGGAUCCUAGAAAGGCAAAGAAAGUGGACGAUUUGAGGCAGAAGCUUAGGAUGCGGGGGCUACGUUGCCAUUCAAUGUACUGCAGGAACUCAACAAGACUGCAAACUAUUCCUCUCCUAGCAUCUAGAGCACAGGCUCUGAGAUACUUUUUUGUCCGCUGGAGAUUGAAUGUUGCAAACAUGUAUGUGAUCCUCGGUGAAAGCGGAGACACUGAUUAUGAGGAACUGAUAUCUGGGACUCAUAAGACCAUAAUCAUGAGAGACGUGGUAGCUAAGGGUUCGGAAGAAUUGCUCAGAACAUCAGGAAGUUACCAUAGGGACGACAUUGUUCCUAGUGAAAGCCCAUUGAUCAGCACAAUUAGUGGGAAAGGAAAGUCGGAUGAGCUUGCCAAUGCCUUGAAGCAACUCUCCAAAGCUGCUGCUGGAAUGUAAGGUGGUAGGUAGCCUAUAUUCUUUGUUGAACACAGUUAUCUUUUUUAUAAUGACAUGAAAUUAUCUGUCACUGGAAGCAUUUUUUGAUGUGGGUUUUAUGGCAAAAUGUAGCUAGAUAAUACCUCCCAUUGUCACAAGAUGCUUAUGUUGAUAAAAAAAAAGAGUAAUGCUACAUGUA